AUGGAACAUGGACCAUCACUACUUUGCCUCAUGGAAAGAACACAGUUUGUUUGCAGGUGGAUAUACAAGACUAAGCUCAAGCCUGAUGGAACAUUGGAGAGAUGUAAAGCAAGACUCGUUGCCAAAGGCUAUAGCCAAAUAGAGGGAGAAGAAUACAGUGAUUGCUUUGCCCCUGUGGCAAUGGCAGUUACUGUAAGAGCAUUCUUAGCUAUAGCUGCUGGUAAGGGUUGGUCUUUACAACACUUUGACGUGAAUAACGCCUUUUUACAUGGGAGAUUAGAUGAAGACAUAUAUAUGGAGGCACCAGAAGCUUACCAAAUCCCAGAAGGAAAGGUAUGCAAAUUGAACAAAUCAUUAUAUGGGUUGAAGCAGGCGUCCAGAGAAUGGAAUGAGGAAUUCUCUCACAAAAUGACCGAAUAUGGUUUUAGGCAAUCAGCCCAUGACUAUUGUCUUUUCACUGAAGGUGAAGGUUCGCAUUUCAUAGCCAUGUUAGUAUAUGUAGAUGACAUUCUUGUCACUGCAACCAAUGAUAAGCUGAUCACUGAAGUUAAAGAGUACUUAAAUGACUUGUUCAGUAUAAAGGAUUUAGGUGCAGCAAGGUAUUUUUUAGGGCUUGAAAUAGCUCGUUCAGACCAAGGAAUUAUAGUCAAUCCAAAUAAGUACACUCUUGAAAUUGUAAGAGAUGUGGGAUUGGAGAAGGGAAAGCCCACCAGUUCACCAUUACCUGCAGGAUGCAAAUUUACAUCAGAGGCAGGAGCUGCAUUGGAUAAUCCUUCAAAGUUUAGAAGGUUGAUUGGUAGGUUACUGUAUUUAGGCUUCACAAGGCCUGAAAUUUGUCACGCCACACAGCAACUUAGCCAAUAUGUACAACAUCCUUGCCAGCAGCAUUGGGAUGCUGCAAUACACUUAGUAAGAUACUUGAAGGGAACUCCUUCGACAGGUUUGUUCUUCCCCUCUAAUACUAAUUUUCAACUCGAAGUCUUUUGUGAUGUAGAUUGGGGGACAUGUCAAACUACUAGGAAGUCGUUAACAGGCUAUUGUGUAUUUCUAGGGGCUACUCCAAUAUAA